AUACAAGACUUGCUGUACAGUACUUACUACACUUACCUACACAUACUUACACAUACUACCAAGCCCCAAGUCAUCCAAGAUGGUGGGGUCUUUCUUGACUGACUCUGGUUACUGCAGUGUCUGACUGCGGCCAUGCCGACGCACAAGUCCCAAAGAGCAAAAAAGCUCCAAGGAACGCAUGUCUUUGUACUCCCUGCCCUCCCCUUCACAGUACUGACAGUACCCUCCUUUGUUCCACCCUCUAACACCCAAUCCCCCUUCCAAUACUCCUCCAUUGGCCCUGCGCCCUGUCAUCCUAUAUCUGAUCACCUCCCAAAAAAACAGUGGCGCGCGAGCGAUGUCCCCGCUGCAUCUUAUCCCAUCUUACCCACGAUCGAUGCUCGUGCGUUGUGCCGCCACUGUGCACAAUCUGAAGUUGUGAACCUAUCCACCACGGCUACACGAUCGUGAGCUUUUGUCGCAUUUCCUUCUUGUCUGUAAUUUUAAAAACUGAAGCCCUCUGAUGACCACGAUGAUGGCCUCACGGUGGCCGCUGGCCGUAUCGCUAUCGCUGCUGCCCCUCGCUUGGGCGCAGUCCUCGGGAUGGGUUGAGAACCAGGCCAAUACGACGAUGUGUAUAUGGACCCUGCCUCGAGUGGGCGUCAUUCGGGAUACGGCGUAUAUUGACGGUGGACAAUUAUACUGGCAGCCUUCGCUGAAAGACGGCUCGCCCGCUGAACUCCUCCAAGAUGGAUUCGACCACGGACUCGUCUAUACACUAAAUUUCAGCACGCCCUUCAAGACCUCCGACAACUUCUCCGAGGUCCUCACAUCCAUCACGUCCGUCACCGGCGCCUCAGACGACAUAAAGCCGAUAUACGUCGACGGCGCCCUCCUCGCCAACGACGGCGAGUUCCUCGCAUAUGGAGGUCUAUCCCUCGCCACCGUGGCCGUAACGACUCCGGAUGCCGGCUCGACAUUCGGCUACCAGCGCUACUGGUAUGGCGGGCAGGACAAGAAGUUCGAGCCUACCUUCCUUCUCAACACCGAGAUCACGGCGGGAAUCACGCGCUAUGUUGGGUUUGGCGCUGGCGUCAGCGUGCCGUCGGAGAAUAUGGGAUAUUACUUUGGAGGCAUGAAUUCGAAGAGCCAUGGCCCGGUCUAUUACCCGUCUGGCAAUGCGACGACGGAUCCGACGACGUAUUCGAGGGAUCUGAUCUCGGUUGAUAUGACGAAUCAGAUGCAGGAGGUGUGGAAGAAUGAGACGAUAAAGUCGAUUGUCCCUGGUCGCGCAAGCCCGGAGAUGGUGUGGGUACCGGUGGGGAAGAAUGGGUUGUUGGUCGUUAUUGGAGGUGUUGUUGAUCCGGUGUUUGCGAAUGCGUCUUCCAGUCUUACUGCUGAGAGGAUGGCUAAUAGUCAACUCAAAAGCCCCGGCUUCAUCACCACAGUCUCGGUCUACGACAUCGAGUCUAAAACCUGGUUCCAGCAGGACACGACCGGGGGACCGGCAAAAACGGCCUGGACUCAGGGGUGCACAGUUGUUGCCUCGGCCCCUGAUGGGUCAAGUCAUAAUAUCUACUACUACGGCGGUUUCGACGGGAUCAAUCUGCGCUCCCCCUUCAACGACGAAGUCUGGAUUCUGUCCCUCCCGAGCUUCACCUGGGUAAAAGCCGCAGUCGGCAGAUCCGGCCACGGCCGCGCAGGUCACCGCUGCAUCAAACCCUACCCGGACCAGAUGAUCGUUCUAGGCGGCUAUCCAGCCAACGGGGGGACAGCACAAACCUGCGUCACCGGCGGGAUAGUCCAGCUCUUCAACCUCACAUCCCUGCAGUGGAUAGACUCCUACGACCCUCGGGUGUGGAGUAACUACACCGUCCCGUCCGUCGUCACUGCCGCCAUCGCCGGCGCCGCGAGUACGAAAUGGAAUAACGCAUCCCUCGCCACUGUCUUUGAGACUGAAUACGAUACCAGCAAAAUCACACCCUGGUAUCCCUACGCAUACACCAGCACCCCAACCAACCCCACCAACCCCCCCGUCCCUACCACAACCACCGUUCCAGCGCCCGGAGGUGGGACACCCAAAUGGCUCGCCCCCGUCCUCGGCGUCGUCCUAACCCUCGUCGUCCUCUCCGCCCUCGCCAUCGCCUUCCUCCUCUAUCGCCGCCGUCGCUACCUCCGCCGCCGCGACAGCGUGGCCGCCACAUCUGAAGUAAACCGAAACCGCAUCCUAAGCUGGGUGUGGGGACAUGACCCCAAAACCGGAACCGUCACGUCUGAUGAGACGCCUAGCACGGCGUUUGAUGACGAUUCUGCGGGUGUGGGUGGUGGGGGGAGGCAUUUGAGCACCACGGGGACGGUGCCGAGUGUUAGUGUGAAUGUGGUGGAAGCCGGGGGGGAUAUGGUGUAUGAGCUCCCUGGCACGAGUCAGGCGCAGGAGCUGAGCGCGGCGCGGGAGGAGGUGGGGGCGGCGGGGUUGGCGUAUGUGCCGAUUGGGGGUGGGGGGGGGUUGCAUCCCAGCCCAUCGGUAGCAUCAACAGCAUCACGAAGCAGCGAGUUGAGCGCUGACGGCGCGGGGGUGGUGUCACCCAGAGGUGAUUCGCCGGGGCUGACUGACGCUGGUGCGGCGUUUGGGAGGGAAUCCCCCUCCAUUGGCCUUGGGAAGGGAGAGCUUGAUGGUGGAGCGGGCGCAGGAGAGAGGAGACGCAGCGGCCCUGUUACGCCUAGGACGGAGAGGUGGGGGAGUUUGGGGAGUUUGGGGAGUUUGGGGGAGGGAGGAAAUGGGGAGAUGAGCGCUACGGGGGGGUUGAGUCCGGAUGUUGGGUCUGAUGGUGCGGGUCAGGGUCAGGGGAGGAGGAGGAAGAGUGCUUUUGGGGAGAUGUUGGAUGAGGAGAAGUGA